UGAAGUGGCACAAUAUUAUUCUGCUUUGCUCUGUUUUCAUUUUAUUCGUGUUGAGAAAGUGCUGUGCAAGAUUUGAUAUUUUCUUAUAAUUUCCAUUGCUUAUUGUAUUUGGUGAAUUAUUUGAUUAUCACAAUGUCUUAUAUGUUGGAGCAUUUACACAAUGGCUGGCAAGUAGACAGAGCUAUUUUAUCCGAGGAAGAUCGUCUUGUAGUUAUUCGUUUUGGACAUGAUUGGGACCCUACUUGUAUGAAAAUGGACGAGACAUUAUAUAAAAUUGCCCAAAGGAUCAAGAAUUUCGCUGUUAUUUAUUUGGUAGAUACUACUGAAGUUCCAGACUUCAAUAAAAUGUAUGAAUUAUAUGAUCCAUGCACUCUGAUGUUUUUCUUCAGAAACAAACAUAUACAAAUUGAUUUAGGAACUGGUAACAAUAACAAAAUAAAUUGGGCCAUUGAAGACAAAAAUGAAAUGAUUGACAUUUUGGAAGUUCUGUAUAGAGGUGCACGAAAAGGAAGAGGUCUUGUCAUCUCUCCAAAAGAUUAUUCAACAAAAUACAGAUAUUAAUUUAAAUUCUUUAUAUAUAAAUAUUCAUUUUCUACAUUGUAUUUGUGUAUACAUAUUUCUGCAAUCAUUUAUUGUACAAUUUUUUUGUGACUGUUGAAUAAAUAAUGUAAGAAUUUUG